GAGGUGUGUGCUCUGAUGUGUGUGUGUCUCUGAGUGUGUGUGUGGUGAAGACGCUGCAGGAGAACAUGACGCUCACACACACUUUACCUGUGAGCUACAGACCAGUGUCUGUCUCUGAGCUGGUCUCUCGGCAGCACCUGGCCUGUGUCAGUCACCUGUCCUGGAGCACCAAUCAACAGCGAGCGUGGGCGAGGGAGGCGGAGUCCUCUCUGCCAGGUAGCAAGGCUCUGCGGCGGGUCAACCUGCUGCUGAUUGGCUGCCUGAGAGAGGGGCAGGGCGGAGAGUGGAGGCUGAUGGACAGCAGCAGGAGUGUCAGGUGUGAGUGCCUGUCUCCCUCGCCUCAGUGGCUCAACCAUGCUGUCUUCCUCCCUCACUGGAACUACAUCCCCCACAAUGCCUCGGGGCAGGACGAGGCUGGAGGCUGGUUGGAGCUGAUUGGUUCUCCUGUGCUGCUGUGUCCCGGCCCUGAGCUGGGAUUGGCUGCUGGGGGAGGGGCGGGGCCUAUCACAGCAGUGGGAGUCAGAGAGGCUGCAGGUGUACUGCACAACAGGGUGAGGGGACAGCGAGUGUCCGUCUUUGGACAGGUGGGCUCAGUGUUCCCUCUGCUGGUCGUAUUAGGAACAACCUUCUUCUGCUUCAGGCUGACGGAGGACAGACACAGUAUACCUGUCCUUGUAAAGGACAGCAGCAAGUUGUGGUGGCGUCAGUGUGUGUGUGUUGGUCAGAGUGUGUGUGUGACGGCGCUGCGUGUGUGUGUCCUACGAGGCUGGAGAGGAAACAACAUCCUGUGUGUGACCGACCAGUCUGAAAUACACACAAACUACACACCCACACACACACCUGUGAACGACACACACACUGAAUCCAGGGCAGACAUGCCCCCUACUAUGAUGCCGCACGGUAACCAUGAAGACUUUGAGGAGGCGGAGCCUGAAAGAGAUGUGGUCCAGUCAGGUGUGAAGAUGAAACGGUCUCGAGUCAUCAGUUAUCAGGGCACAGUGACUGAGGUGGUGAGUGAGGGGGCGGGGCUGUACGUAAUUGACAGGAUGGUUGGUCUGUGCCUGGCCUAUCAGCCUAGGCCGGAGAGGAAGCUGAGAGCAGGAGACACUGUACAGCUCCACCAUGUCCACUUCCUGUACCGGCCCUGUCCCGACUUCCCUCCCAGCAUGCUCUGCACCUGUCUUCGCUCCAGCCUCAGGGUGACCAGCUUCAGCAGGGUGGGGGGGUCUCCACCCGCCUCCACCUGUCCGGGUGACGGAGCAUUACCACGUCUACUGCUGGAGAAAAACAUGGGUGUGUCCGAGUACCUGUGGACAUGUCACCUGAGCUCACGGCUCUCACACAGUCUUUUCCCCAGUGUGCUGAAGCAGCAGCAGUGUGUGUGUGUCUUGUCCUGGAAGCUGACAGACUUUGUGUGGAGACAAGGACGAGGAGGAAGGAGAGACAUCUACUCAGAGAUGUUGGACGAGCCUCACACCUGUCCCCUGACUCAGUGUCUCUGUCUGUCUCUACAGUACAGUGUGGACCCUGCUGUCCCUCAGUCCAUCAGUGUCUCAGAGCUCUGUCAGUCUCUACAGUCAGACUGCUGGUCUUCAGUGUCUCUGAGGUCUCUGCUGUCCCCUGGUGGAUCUGGUCUGUCCAGGUCUGAGAUCAACACAGCUCUGUCCUGGUCCUGCAGGACUCUGACCUCUGACCCCCAGACUGGAGAUACAGCCAGACGGCGCCCCCUGCUGCUGGUGGGGGUGUUGGAGCUUCCAUCUCAGACGUCCGAACACAAACACACUCUACAGCUCAGAGACGGGACAGCAGCUGUCACUUGUGUUGUCACGGAAACCAGUGAGGACAAGGAGGGAGGUCAGAGGGCGGCCUUCAACACUGCCUGGAUAGGUUGUCUGGUGUGUGUCCAUCAGUUCACCAUGGUAACAGAGAGAUUCCUCCAAUCAGAUUUCCCCUCCUACCAACACCUGGACCAGGACCAGUUCAUCACACACAGACACUGCAGAGUUUACCUGCAGUUUUCUCUGGACCACCUCCAUAUCUUGAGUCCAUCUGUCGCCAUGGCAACACACCUGAGACAAAAGGGGGUGGAGUCAGGAGGUGAUGUCACAGACAGGACACAGACAGAGGAAGGUCAGACUGCGGAGAGGAAGAGGGGAAGAAGAGCAGAACCAGUCUCCACCCACUCUGCCUCCUCUGUUGCCAUGACGACAUGUCCUGUGAGUGGUGCCUCCCGGCCCUGUGUUUCUGUGGUGUUGAGGGUGGAGCAGAAGGAGGGCGUGGCCUGGAGGAACGCGGGGGUUGGGUUAGAUGAAGAUGGGGCGGGGUUGGUGCUGCACUUCUCUGUUCGAGCUGCUGUGAUUGGUCCAGUGGUCAGCUGGGGGCGGGACCCGAAGAACAGACCAAUGACUGACAAGGAGACAGAGAGGGAGGAGGAGGAGAAGGUGGUCCUGGAGUUCUCCGGUGUGUGCGCUCGAUGGUUCCCUCUCCUCCAGUCCGGAUGUUUCUACAGACUUGUUGCUGCUGACACUCAGGAUCCCAAUGUUUUGAUUGGCCGUGGUGUUUCUGGGCGGAUUGGGGUGGAGCUGCACACUGACUCCACCCUACAGGUCCAAUAUGAUUGGAGGUUCCACACUCUGAGACGCCCACUGCUGCUGCACACCUGCAGACAAUUUCCUCAGGCUCUCUCGCCCACAGUCCUGUCUGUCUCUGAGGUCCUGGACUGCAGUUCAGAGCUGGUGUGUUUUCAGGGUCUGGUGUCUGACAGGAUCAGUUUGAACGACAGGACGACUGAAUCUGGACACACACACACAGGUGUGCGUCUCACCAUGUCUGACCAAAGUGGGAGGAGUCUCCAGGUGUACCUGGACUUCAGCCAUACCCCCUACCCACCUGGCCUGUUGCCAGGCAACACACUGCUGCUGUCUGCUUUCCAGAGGAGGCUGUCCAGGUCAGGGGGUGUGUACUGCAGUCACUUACCUGUCAGCUCAGUGACAGUCGUUUCCCUGGGAGACUCCAGUGCUGCUUGCCCUCCUCCUGCUCCCAUGAUGCAUCUGGAUCUGUGGGCUCUGGGCAGGGAGCAGAGGUGCACUGUGGGUCAGGUCAGAGGUCAUGUCGUGUGUUUCCUGUUUCUGCAGCUGCAGUGGAGCUGCUCCCUGUGUGGGAGUUUGUACACACAGUCUUGUUCCAGUUCUCAGUGUCGUUCGACCUGCUCAGUCUUUCAGUCCAAAGCAAAAUUGGUGAUUGAUGAUGGGACAGGUGAGGCUCACGUGUGGUUCUCAGGUGCUCUGGUUCGUUCUCUGCUGGCAUUGGCUGAUUCUCAGUGGGAGGGGCUCCAGAGGGCCCUCAGGGUCAAAGGUCACAUCAGAGUCUACCCCCGGGGCCGGAGCGUGGUGUGUGACACUGACUCUGACGACUCUCUCCUCCACUUCCUGUUGUGUGUGUGCAGCAGUGAUGUUGUUUGUCGCCCGCUCUCUCUCACCUGCAGGAAGCACAACAACCAGAGACCAGAGGAGAUGAGGAGGUUCAGUCGAGGAGACAGAGACUUCAUGACCAGGAUGACUGCUCCUCUGCAGCUCACCUGUCUGCACAUCACUGACUGAUACACCUGACGUGGUCAUGUGACCUACACCUGGAUCAGGUAGAAAGCCGUGAGGACAGAGCAGGUCAGACCAUAUCUGGAGGAGGUCUGGUUCAUGUUCUCAUCAGGUCACCUGACUUUGACUGUACCUGAGGCUGCAGGUGUCAGACAGGAAGUGGUUUGAGGCGUCACAUCUCUGAUCCUGAGUCUGAUCGUGAGUCCUGAGACCCUCAGACCAGGUGUUAGACCUUCAGAUCAGGUGUUAGACCCUCAGACCAGGUGACUUAAAGCUCUUUUCUAAUA